AUGGCACCCAUCCCCGACCCCCUCUGCGCCAUCCACACCCUCCUCACAACCCUCACCCGCCGCACCACCGCCACCUUCACCACCACACCCGCCCUCCACCCCCGCGACGACACCUCCAACUCGUUCACCCACGGCUCCGGCACCAUCCAGCCCACCUCGGUCCCCACCUCCGCCAUCUUCGCCCUCAUCGGCAUAAUCUGCGCCGGCUUCGUCAUCACAGGGAUCUGGUUCUUCUUCAUUGCCAAAAACGGGGGCUUCCACUUCCGCCAAGGGGACUGGGAGGACUACAAAUCAACUGUCCUGCGCAGGAAGGGCCCGAAUGGGACGACGCUGAGUGGUGCGACGAGGACUACGGAUUUGGGGGGGGGGAGCGUGGUGGGGAAGAGGUAUAGGGAUAGUGAUAGUAGUGUGACGGGCAGCGCGUAUAGUGAGCAGGAGGAGAGUUUGGUGGGGACGGGGACGGUGGUUAGUGAGAUGACGUCUAUCACCCGUGGUGUUAGCGGGAGGUUUCAGAAGGAGAAGACGGAGAGGUCGGCGGCGGCUUCGGCGGCGAAGAAGGCGAAGGGGGAGCAGCGAAAGAGGUUCCGCGAGAAGGGGAAUAGCCGCGAGAAAUCGCGACUCAGGGACGCGGAGUCGGUGGGUGGUGAUGAGGAGCUCGAGGGGGAUGACCUGGGCGAUGCGGCUAUGCGAUCGUAUCGCCAUGAGAAGCCUGCGAGGGUGGGGGGGAUGAAUCGCGCGGCGGAUGGGUCAGCGUUUGAGUCUUCUGUUGGGGGGAGCGAGGAGAGCGCGACGGGGUUGUUGGCGGGGAGGGAGGCGACGCCGACGAAUUCGCCGCAGAAGGUUAAGAGGGUGAGGGAGCGCGGGGAGUAUGGGGCGGGGAGCCCGAGCUCGAGUCCGACGAAGGAGAGGGCGGGGAUUAGGAAGGUUGAGACGGUGAGGGACGCGGAUCGGGUGAAGGCGGAGGCGAGGAGGUUGAGGGAGAAGGGGAGGAGUGCUGCGGGUGCGGGGAGGGGGAGGAGGGAUUUCAGCUAUACGCCUGGUGAUGACUUGGGGAGCUCGGUCAGUGAGAGUGGAAGCGGGGUUAGUGGCAGUGGGAGUGGCAUGCCGGGAGGGUAUAUGGAUAGUGAGGUUAGUGGGGAUACGGGGACGAAGAGCUAUAAGCAUGUUAUCCCUGGGUUGAGCGGUGCGGCGGGGAAGUCGGAGAGUUAUGCUGAGGAGAGGAGGAGGAGGAGGGCUGAGCGGUGAGCGGUAUGGUGAGCGGUGAGUGGGAGGGUAGGAGUUGGGGGGGAUGGACUUGUGAGGGGAUUCUUGCGAUUCCGAUUAUGGAAUGGAAUGCGCGGAUGGGGUGCGAUGUGAUUACUUUGUUUGCGAUUCUUGUUUUCCGUGUCGGAGUAUAGGGAUGGUCUUCUUCGGGGUGCGGAUAACGAACGGGUUAGGUCGAGUUUGGUUGGUGGCUGCGUGUGAUAACGAGAUGGGAUGGGAUGGAUAUGGUGGA